AUCUUAACCAUUUUUAAAUAUACAGUUCAGUGGCAUUAAGUGCAUUCACAAAGGUGACAUGAACUCCAGAGAAUAUGCUGCUUGCAGCUUUGAUGAUUGUAUCAACGGUGGUAAGUCUCCCCAUGUCUGCAGGAGCAGCUGCAGCUAAUUAUACUUACAGGGCCUAUGUGCCUUUCCCGCCCUUAAUUCGGGCAGUUACAUGGGUAGAUAAUCCUAUUAAAGUAUAUGUUAAUAAUAGUGCAUGGGUAUCUGGCCCCACGGAUGAUCGUGGCCCUGCCCAACCCGAGGAAGAAGGAAUGAUGAUGAAUAUUUCCACUGGGUAUCGUUAUCCUCCUAUUUGCCUAGGGAGAGCACCAGGCUGCUUAAUGCCUGCAACCCAGAAUUGGUUGGUAGAAGUACCUACUAUCAGUGCCACCAGUGGAUUUACUUAUCACAUGGUAAGUGGAAUGUCACUCAGGCCACAGGUGAAUUAUUUGCAGGACCCUUCUUAUCAAAGAUCAUUAAAGUCUAGGCCUAAGGGGAAGCCUUGCCCCAAAGAAAUUCCCAAAGGAUCAAAAGGCCCAGGAGUUUUAGUUGGAGAAGAAUGGGUGGCUGAUAGUGCAGCGAUAUUACAAAACGAUGAAUUCGGAACCAUUAUAGAUUGCGCACCUCGAGGUCAAUUCUACCGCAUUUGCAUAGGACAAACUCAAUUGUGUCCCAGUGCACAUGUGAGUCCAACUGUGAACAGUGACUUAACAGAAGGUUUAGAUAAAAAUAAGUACAAAACGUUAGAGUCUCUCUACCCUUGGGAAUGGAGUGAAAAGUGAAUCUCAUCACCUCGAACAAAGUUAGUCCUGUUACUGGUCCUGAGAACCCGGAACUUUGGAAGCUUACUGUGGCCUCACAUCACACUAGAAUUUGGUCUGGAAAUCAAGCUAUAAAAACAAGAGACCAUAAGCCAUCAUAUGCUAUCGACCUAAAUUCCAGUCUGAUAAUUCCUUUGCAAAGUUGUGUAAAGCACCCUUAUAUGCUAGUUGUAGGUAAAAUAGUUAUUAACUCAGAUUCCCAAACUAUAACCUGUGAAAAUUGUAGAUUGUUUACUUGCAUUGAUUCAACUUUUAAUUGGCAGCACCGUAUUCUAGAGCAAGAGAGGGCACGUGGAUCCCUGUGUCCACGGACCAACCAUGGGCAACUUCGCCAUCCAUCCAUAUUUUGACUGAAGUAUUAAAAGGCACUCUAAAUAGAUCCAAAAGAUUCAUUUUUACUUUGAUUGCAGUGAUUAUGGGAUUAAUUGCAGUCACAGCUAUGGCCACUGUGGCAGGAGUUGCAUUGCACUCUUCUGUUCAAACAGUACACUUUGUUAACAAUUGGCAAAAUAUUCUACAAGAUUGUGGAAUUCACAA